AUGGCUCAGCGGUUUAUCCUGGGCUACAGUGAGGACCAGGUUGUCUCCUGCGACUUCAACACUGACACCCACUUUUCCACCUUCGAUGCCGGGGCUGGCAUUGCCCUCAAUGACCACUUCGUCAAGCUCAUUUCCUGGUAUGACAAUGAACUCGGCUACAGCAACCGGGUGGUGGACCGCAUGGUCCACAUGGCCUCUGAGAAGGAAGAGCCUCCUGGACCACCAGCCUCAGCAAGAACAAGAGGAAGAGAGAGGCCCUCAGCUGCUGGGGAGUCCCUGCCCCAACUUAAUCUCCCAACACACUGAGAAUCUCCUGACCUCCAAUUUACAUGCCAGACCCCAAGGAAGGGGAGG